AUGCGGCUGCACCUGGGCGCGCUGGCCGGCGCGGCGGCGCUCGGCGGGGCGCUCAGCUUCGUGCUGCUGGCGGCGGCCAUCGGCACUGACUUCUGGUACAUCAUCGACACCCAGCGACUGGAGCACAGCGAGCGGGGAGCCGCCAACCGCAGCCAGCCCGAGCAGCUGAGCUCCCACUCGGGCCUGUGGCGGACCUGCCGGGUCCAGAGCCCUUGCACGCCGCUGAUGAACCCCUUCUGGCAGGAGAACGUGACAGUGAGCGACUCCAGCAGACAGCUUCUCACCAUGCAUGGGACCUUUGUGAUUCUGCUGCCGCUCAGCCUGAUCCUCAUGGUCUUUGGCGGCAUGACGGGCUUUCUGAGCUUCCUCAUCAGGGCGCACCUCCUGCUUCUCCUCACCGGGAUUCUCUUCCUCUUUGGAGCCGUGGUGACCCUCGCCGGCAUCAGCGUCUACAUCGCCUACUCGGCCGCCGCCUUCCAGGAGGCCCUGUGUUUGCUGGGGGAGAAGGGGCUACUGGACCAGGUGGACAUCCGCUUCGGCUGGUCGCUGGCCCUGGGCUGGGUCAGCUUCAUCGCCGAACUGCUCACAGCGGCGGCCUUCCUGGCGGCGGCCCGAGAGCUCACGCUGCGACAGCGGCAGGACCCGGCCAUCUGA